CCUAGUAGUUGGCUAUGACGAGGGGCGCUGCGCCUUUGCUCUUCUCUCUCUCGCCGAGCAAAGCGGGGAUCUUGAUGCGCUAGGGCAUCGAUUCUCGUUGAUCGCGUUGGCAGCGCCCGCAGCGGUGGCGGCAUUGGGAUUGUGACGCUUGCCCGGGCAAUGUGUCGAAUUUGAAGGCGCUGCGCCACUGUGUCACGGGCGCGAUCGGCGAGCGCAGCGCGCGUCGACGGGGCAUCGAUGGAGCUAGGUAAUCACACAAGGGGCUCGCGUUGAAUCGAGCUUUUUCCUUCUUUCUCUCUGCUUCCCGUGAUCUUCCUCGCUUUUCCCAUUCGAUCCUCGGCUUUCCAUGGCGAAUUGGAGGUAAUCGCUCCGAAAUAUUCCCUCCUCUUGGCAGCGGGCGCUCGAAAUACUUCCACUCCGAUCGAUCCGCAAGAUGGAUCCGUAUAAGAAGCCCCAUGAUCUCAAGAAGGUGUGGAAGGUUGGAGUUCUCACUGCGGUGAUCCGACACAUGUCCCCGGAUAUCGGGAAGAUCAGGAAGCUCGUGAGGCAGUCCAAGUGCUUGCAAGACAAGAUAACUGCCAAGGAGAGCGCGACGUGGAUCUCGGUGCUCAAUCAGGAGGAGGCGCUGGACGUCAAAGACGUUUCAGUUCUUGAAGUCGAUUGAUCACUCACUCACUCACUGACGAUCUCAGGUCGGGAAUGCGUUUGAAGAUCUUACGUAGUGGUACCUUGAUAAUGCCAAAGACAAUCCCAAGAUCUUUCGUGGCACUGAAAGAUGCGCUUCGGGAAUCUUACAAGCUAUCCGAGAGUUCAAGUUUGAUCCUUGUGUUUCGCCCAGGGAUGCCGACUUACUGAGCCAGCUCACUGCUGGGGACACCGAAGGGUUGAUCGGACGUGGAGUGUGAGAUGGUUACGAGGCGAGGUUGAAAGCUCCCACGAGGUGUUUGAACACUUGAAAAGGCCAAUGGCCCCUGACUCAACGCUGGUCACUCCGUGGAAACUAGAAGACGAUCUUCGUAGAAGCGUUGAGAUUCUACGUCCCCUCCACGGUAUUCCCAGGGGAAAGAACUUCUGUAUGUGGGUUGAUGGGGGUUGGGGACGUUACUUGGGUUGUCAAGUUUGAUAAGUGGCAGCGAACGGACGAAGAGCUGAAUUAUCGCUUGACAACCGCCGUGUGUUUCAAUAUGAGGAUGGCAUGCCUUAUGCGAGUGCAUUACGAAUCCACGAAACGUGGCUUGAUGGUUAUGCGGGAAGACCUUUGGUCCUAAUGUAGGAGACACAGCCAACGAUAGGCGAAAAAAUAAGCAGGGACGAAUCAUCGUGCCUCGCUUCCUUCCAUGCUUUAGAUGCUCAAAUGAUUCUUUCAUUCCCUUUCGCUCGCAUAAAUUACUCGUGUUGACAAGAAAAGAGUUGAAGUGUGUGAGAGUGUGUGUAAGUGUGUAACUUACGACAGCUUUUCCUGUAGAUUCCCCUGCAUUCCCUGUCCUUUUGUUUCCUUUUUUAGUUCCAUAGGCCAAUGGAUCGCUUGCUUCUUCUCUCCUCUUGCACUCUGCUGCGUCAGUUUCACUCGGGAUAACGUAUUCUUAUGUAAUUGUUCGCUGGCGUCGGUGAGAAACGAAGGCUUUCCCCCUUUUUUCCAGAGAUGAUCUUAAGGCGCUGUUUUCUUGUGAGAAUUGGUGGUGCUCCUCCCCAGCACAAUGCAUUUGAUGAUUCCACGCCACCAUUUGUCUCGUCAUAUGCUCACUGCCACUGUUCUUCCUGUGCUUCCAGAGCACAGGCGCCAGAAAAGUUUGAAGAGGCAUUCUGAACUUGACACCAUUUCCUCCAGGUAAUCCAAGCUUUCAGACAUGGUGAAGUUCCAGAAGCAGCUGGAGGGCCAGCUCGUCCCAGAGUGGCGGGUGAAGUACUGCGACUACAAGCAGCUCAAGAAAGUUGUCAAGAGAAUCAAAACCCAGAUCCUACAUACCAAGAACCAGCAGCACAAGGUGUUCGAUCCAAAUGUCUUCUCCGUUGACAAGAGCAAGCUUGAAAACUUGCUGCAAAAUCCCAGCGCCAUUCUAAGCAGCUGCUGCGAACAAUCCAUAUCCUCGGAAACGUCCAUGGUUGUGCACAAGACGAGAAUUGGAGAUGGCGAGGAUUUUUACGAGACGGAGCUGUUUGGAACUCGAUCGGAUCACGAAAAGAGCUUCUUUUUCGGCCUUGACGAUCAGCUCAACAAAGUGGACAACUUUUUUAGAUGCAAGGAAGACGAGUACGAUGCUCAAGCACGGCAACUUCACAUCCAAAUGGAAGAGCUCAUCGCUAUGCAAGAUGACGAAUCUCAGAGCUUGAAGGGGAGCCCCGGCAACAAAGGAAAGGUUCAGCGAGCAGCCAAGAUGCUCCAGACGGCCUUUGUCGAAUUUUAUCGUGGGCUUCGACUCCUAAGAAACUUCAGCUCCUUGAACAUGAUGGCAUUCGUCAAGAUCCGCAAGAAAUAUGAAAAGGUGACUGGAGUCUGGCAGUUACCACUUUGCAACGUCGGAAGGUAGUAAAGUUUAUGGACCGCGUAGAGAGAGUGUUCACUCUGCACUUUACGAAAGGCAACCGAAAGCGAGCCAUGGGAUAUCUCAGGCCCAUACACUCUGCGAGCAAUCAUGGAAAUAUAAACUUUAUCCUGGAUAUCCAUUUCAUGCACUCGGAUCGUCGUUAUUAAUUAACCUUCUAUCACCAUUGAUGAUGCGACGCAGAGAUUGUAUACUAGUGGUUUCAUGUCAAUGGCAUUGCCUCUAGAAAAGGAAAGCACUCACCAUACCUCUGGGAAUAACUGUAAUCUAUUCAUUUAAUUUUCAGCUAGAACUUUCAGAGAUCACGGACCU